AUGUCCAUCACUUCUUUGAGCACCUUGCGUGUGUCAACGCACCAGAUCCCGGCAUACAAAGGUACUCCAAACACAUCAAUACAAGGCAAACCUUUGAUGAUAUAUCAUUCCGUCUUUCCCAACCCAACCACCUCCAGCAUCGAGUCCCACCUCAAAUCCGUUGGGGUUGUAUCUCCCGCAUGGAGAUACACCAUGUUCAGCGAGACACACUUUCAUUCCAACACCCAUGAAGUGCUGAGUAUUGCGGCCGGAUCCGCCAAAUGCUGCUUUGGUGGCGAGGACAACGAAGGCCGCGUGGAGCCAGUCCUGCAAAAAGGUGAUGUGGUUAUCGUACCCGCCGGGGUUGGUCACCGUUUGCUCGAGGACUAUGGAGGCUUCCAGAUGGUCGGUUCUUAUCCAAUCGGGAAGAGUUGGGACAUGUGCUAUGGACACGCCGGAGAAGAGGCAAAAGUCAAGGCAAUUGCGUCGCUGGACUGGUUCAAGCGCGACCCCAUAUACGGUGAGGAUGGCCCGAGUUUGCAUCAGUAG